CACCACCUCCGACUCCUCUCCUCCCCAAGAACCUUCGCCAUCAGUAUACCGCCGCUAUCACGAGGCUGAUCGACUCCCUCCAGACGGAUAUCUUCCGAUCCCAUCGUCCUCAACCAGCAGCCUGAGCGCAGAAAGACACCAUGGCCGAAUCCGCAUCCCCAAUUGGCAUUGCCAAUUUGCCCAACCAGCGCCAUAAGAUCGUCGCAAAGCGCGGUGCUGCCUUCACGAUAAUGGUCGCUGGCGAGUCUGGACUCGGAAAGACCACCUUCAUCAACACCCUCUUCUCCACCACCAUCAAGACCUACGCGGAUCACAAGCGCCGACACAACAAGCAGAUUGACAAGACGGUUGAGAUUGAGAUCACAAAGGCUGAGCUUGAGGAGAAGUUCUUCAAGGUCCGCCUUACUGUCAUCGAUACUCCUGGGUUUGGCGACUAUGUCAACAACCGCGACUCCUGGCAGCCCAUCAUUGAGUUUUUGGACGACCAGCAUGAGUCGUACAUGUUGCAGGAACAACAGCCGCGCCGCAGCGACAAGAUUGACCUCCGCGUCCACGCUUGUCUGUACUUCAUCCGACCCACCGGACACACGUUGAAGCCUUUGGAUAUCGAGGUCAUGAAGAGGCUCUGCACGCGCGUGAACUUGAUCCCCGUCGUCGCCAAGGCGGACACGUUGAGCCCCGCAGACCUGGCUAAAUUUAAGGCGAGGGUACGCGCCGUCAUUGAGGCCCAGGGCAUCAAAAUCUACCAGCCACCACUUGAGGACGAUGACGAUGCUGCUCUCGCCCACGCCCGCGGUCUCAUCUCCGCCAUGCCAUUCUCCGUUAUUGGCUCAGAGAAGGAUGUCCAGACCAAUGAUGGCCGCACCGUUAAGGGCCGACAAUACGCCUGGGGUGUAGCCGAGGUCGAGAACGAGGAGCACUGCGACUUCAAGAAACUCCGCGCCAUCCUUAUCCGAACCCACAUGCUCGACCUAAUCCACACCACCGAGGAGAACCACUACGAGGCAUACCGCGCGCAACAAAUGGAGACGAGGAAGUUUGGCGAGGCUCGUCCACGGAAGCUGGACAACCCCAAGUUCAAGGAGGAAGAAGAGGCCCUGCGAAAGCGAUUCACCGAGCAGGUUAAGGUCGAAGAGCAGCGGUUCAGACAGUGGGAGCAGAAGCUCAUCUCAGAGCGCGACCGCCUCAACAAGGACUUGGAGCAGAGCCACGCCGUUAUUAAACAGCUCGAACAGGACGUCGACAAUCUCCAGGGCAGCAUCAACCGCUCCCAUGGCCGCCGUUAAGUUGCAUCAAGAGCGUGGCUGGGCGUUGUGGUUGUCACAAUUCAAAUGCAGAUCCAAGGCUCGCUGGAGUUUUAUUCCUCUACAUGUUAUCCUUCGAGAUUCCCCUCCUUUUCUCUUCCAUAUGUUUGUAAUGUCGCGCUGCGACGGGUUUUUUGUUCGCUUGGCUGGGUUGCUUUGUUUCGAGGUGUGAGAUGACCCCAGAGUUGUUGUGGGAUGGGCUGUGCUGCUCGGGGAUAGGUUGUUGUGAUUGGGAUGGAAAAGAGGUCUGAACUGGACAUGGAAGAUAAGUGGCAUUUUCUAGGACUUGUAGAUUAAUUGAUUUGGGUUGCGACUGGUCGCAUUAAGGUGCUGUGAAUUGAUAUUUGAGAUAUUCUCUUGAGAUG